AUGUUGUCAUCGCAAAAGAAACCACCAGCCUGCGACUCUUGUAAAGCCAAGCGAGUGCUUUGCCAUCCUCAGCCAGAUGGUCAGCCGUGUCCGCGAUGUGUAGAGAAGCAAAUCUUGUGUAAAACGACGUAUAUUCCCAGGGGCCGUCGCAAGAAAACAACUUCAGCACUUGAUCCAUUGGCGCAACAACUGCCUAAUAUACCUUCCGACCCAGCAAUUGAGCUACUAUCCAACCCUGAGCUCGUGAAACAUCUAUUUACCUGUCUUCCCAAUCUUCCACAACAUCGUCAUCCUCUCUUUCAAGACCUUAACGUCGGCAAAGUGCUUGCUGCUGCAUCAUGGAAACUCGACCUUCUUCAUCCACAGCUUUCGGCUCUUGCGCACUGCAUAUGCGCAGUCACCGCGUCUGUUGCCUUCCACCCUGCCAUAGUUGGCUCAGACAUUGACUUGCCAAGCUCAAUGUCAGACCCCAAAUAUUUUUAUCUGGGUGCUGACCUCCGCGUUUUUGGUUCUCGCCGUUCUCAAGCUCGUAAACUCUUGCAAGAACGUGCAUUGCGCGUCGCCCUAGAUACUCAUGUUCAUAUCGAAGUUUCGCCAUAUAACGCGCUUUCUUGUUUCAUCCUAGAUUCCUUAGAGGAAGAUAUUGAGCAUAGCUCGCGCCCAUGGGCUGCGAGCUACAUGUCCCAUUUCAGAACGCUUAUGGUGUCAAUGCCCGACACACAGCCAGAUCGACCCCUGUGGGCUGGAUAUUUCAUGGCAGAAUCGCUCCGAGCUGUGAUGCAUCGCAAACCUGUUCUUGUCACUCAUGCCGACCAACUCUUCAUCUCACAAGGCGCACCUCCUAGUCUUGAAUCAUUUCUCGAGGCAUCUCAAAAGGAAACAUCACUUCUAUCACCCAAAUCUCGCGCCAACUUGGCUUUCGAUUGCAUCCACCCAUUUCUUUUUCAUGCCACGAGACUAUGUCGGGAAUUAUAUGAGACUAUAUCGGGUGAUUUUGCUCGACGGCAACCUAUAUCCGAGCCAGCAUUGAGGAACAUCGUUGAGACGUUUACCACAAUACAGGGCCUUCUCUCAUCUUGUUUUGGCGAAAUGGACUUCCCGACCGAGUCGAUGUUGCAACAAGCCAAAGAGCUUGCACAAACUACUCGCCCAGAAACAUCAACCGAUCUCCGUCUAUGCGCAUUCGGGAUGUCGGUCAUCUUUGCGGGGCUGGUGUUGACCCUACAUACGGAACUCGAGCGGCGGGCGGCGGAGGCUGAGGCAGUCGUUCCGAGCUCUCAUUCAUCAAAACCCGCGAUGCCCCAGCAAUCUCGCUGGGCUUCAGAACGCAUUGCGUUUUUGCGUUCACAAGUGCACGCUCUGGCAUUGAGUGCCUUGCCAGACAUCAACCGCGUUUUGACUCUUUCUGCUUUUCCAUUACGCGGCCUUGCGGGCCUGUGGACGAACAUCAUGGGCUGGGCGGAGUUUUGCAUUCAGGAAGCGGAUUGCCGAGGGGGGAUAGCAGGGAUCGGGACCGGUGCCAAUGCCAGAGGAAAUGCGACGACCGAGGAGACCGCGCAUAUUUACGAGCACAUUCUUCAUUCGCUCAAGGGGAUUGGAUACCUGCACGUCAGCCCUCGCCUUGACUCGCUCAUAGAACGGAUGGAGGCACACUUGGUGGCAUAUCGGUCCAGCCAACAGCCGUCGACCGCGGAUGAUAUGGCCAUGUCCGUCUUCACGUCAAACAUGGAUUCAUUUGGUUCUGGCCCACGAGAAAUGGGGCCGGCGUCCGACACGAUGUCGUUUUUACUGGACGGAUCGUGGAUGGUGAAUGUAUUGCGUUCAUGUUGA